CCUUGCAAAGGCAUGGCGGGCAGAGUGUGAAUGUCAGCCUGGAAAGUAAUCCUAGCAUUUAAUUAAAAUAAAAAGAGGACAGAAAGGAAAAUGGACAUCAGUUUCUCUCGGGAGACUUUUCGUUUAGUAUACGCUGCUGGAGCUAGCGUUUUUGCCUAACACGCCGUGUAAUGCGAGUGUGUAGACUUGAGUACGUGUCUGGCUGGGUGUGUAGUGGAUCGUGAAGCUUUGCUAAUGGUAGUGAGCAUCGUUCCUAAGCGGAACAGUUUUCUAUGAACAUGAUUUGUACUUUUCUACGAGCUGUAUGGUAUACGGAGAAGCUGCACAGGUCCUCGGGGAAGCGAUUGUUUUUGCCACACUUCGUGCUUAAAGCUUGCAUGAAGACUGGGCCCGCUUUGGGAUGGGAGCUUCGAGAGCCGAAGAAAACGGUGCGACCUAGAUGUAUCUUUGGGGUCACCCAGAAAACCAUCUGGACGCAGGGGCCGAGCCCCCAGAAAGCAGAGGACAGCAGUAAGCAAGUGUCUGUGCACAGAAGUCAGAGCGGGGAAACCGCCAUCUCAACGUCACAGAAAGUGAAAGAGGCUGGAAGAGAUUUUACCUACUUAAUAGUGGUGCUUAUGGGAAUCAGCAUUACAGGUGGCUUGUUUUACACGAUUUUCAAAGAACUCUUUUCUUCAUCCAGUCCUAGUAAGAUAUAUGGGAAAGCCUUAGAAAAAUGCAGAUCACAUCCUGAGUCUCACAGAAACCGUUUGCAUUGGGUACUACUUUCAUCUCCAGUUUGCAGAAGGGGAAACUGAUACAGAGUUUAAGUAGCUCCAUCACGAACACUGUGGGAGAGCAGAACCUGAAUCUAGGUUUGUCUGAUUCCAAAACUUACGCUUUUAGCCUCAGCCAUUCCCUGGGAGGAACAGACAUAUAGAAAAGCUGCCUCAAUUCUUUGAAGAACUCUGUGCAGAAGGAAGGCUUUAGAUAGCACAGGGUAGCCUGUAAGAUGCCAGGUUUCUUACUCCCUGAGCAGAAGUACUCACUGAAAUCCUAACUAUCUCACCUUGAAAGAUAAUGGCAGAUAGCAUCAUAAAUAUCACAGCCCAAGCAGGAAUGUCAGGGAGACCUAGACUUUUAAUCCCUAGCAAGGGGAAAGGGACAUAAUCCGUGGAUGGCUCAGCAUAUACGCUCUGCGCUGGUGUUCCUUGGGGCACUGGCUCUGAAUGCUCCAUCCAUUGAAGCUCAUGGUCUCUGGCAUCUUCUUAAAUCCACUGAUUUCUCUAGUUGGACCCCUGGCAGUCUGUGGGAACUGUGGAGGUGGAGGCACAGUGGGAGAAGUAUUCCUGAGUGAGUUAAAAAUCAGCAGGGAAUACAGAAGGUUCCCAUUGUAGCUAUUGGGAGUCCAAAUUAUGUCUGAGAGACACUCUUUACUGACUACAAAAAUAAACAUGGGUGAUAACCUCAGUAAAUGUUAGGACAAAUCUCUGUGAGGAAAGAUGUGAAGAGCUGCUGUGUUAUUCACAAGCUUAGCCUUUCAUAGAAUUUUCAGCAUUUUGAACAAAACAAAACUCCACACAAUAAACACAAAGAGUGAGAUAUCAUUAAAGUCAUAAUUUGCUGCCUAAGAGCUCGAUAAAUAAUAAACUUUAACAUUUUUGUCAACAUUUUUUAAGGGCCUUCUUUUUGCAGAGCACCAUGCCUGCUUGAAAAAUAGAAAAUUCAAAUGUUCCGAUAGUGAUGUGUUUAUUUAGUAAAUUAUUUGGACACUUGUUUCAUUUGUUUCAGCUACAGAGUUCUUAAAUAUCUGUUGUAUAUCCUUCAUUUUUAUUUAUCCUGGCAAAUGUCAUGCUGAAGAUACUCAAUGAAGACACAAAAUACGAAAAAUUUUAUAGAGUUGAGGGCCAAAUUUUUUAAAUUUGACAUCAAAUUUGUAUUUUUUAGGGAGAGUUCUAAAGUAUUUGUAUUUUAAAGUCAAUAAAACUGCAUUUCUACUUCAUGUAAAUUUUCCCAUUAGGAAAAAUUGAUUUACACCUUAAGAUCUGGUUUAUUUUAAAUAUUGUCAUUAUUACUUGUCCUCCCCCCCACACACAUGCACACUAUGUUUAAAGACUGGAAAAAUCAUUUUUAUCUCAUAGAAAUGUUCAUACAUUUUACUUUCAAACCAUAAAGGGCUAAUAGAGAAAUAUUUGAACCCUUGUUUUGUUGGGUUUUGUGAGGGGACUGGGAAUAGCUGCACUUGGACCUACACUGUUCUGAAACUACAAGUAACAUCAUAACCUCUCAUGUUUUGAUCUCUGUGCAUGAAACAUUUGUUUAAAUUAUUUACCAAUGAUUUUUGCAUCACCUUUUCUUUUUUCAGUUUUUUCAUGAUUGUGAUCCUCGUUUUUGAAAGGGUUCUAGGCUUACUGUUUUGUUUUGUUUUCCUAAAACAAGUCACUUGGUUUGUCAGAAAGUAUUUUCCUACAAAGCUUAGAAAAUAACAGUAAAUGAAGAUUUGUCUUU